UUCUCUGUCCCUAUGAAUGCUGCUCCCUAGUGAGGGACAGUGGAGGGCCUGUUUGUUGUUGUUGUAGCUCCUGAUCUGCCACUGUUUACACAUUAAUGGGUUGGGCCAUCCCUCCAUGAUAAGUGGUUGUCAGGGACAGUCAGACCAAUCAGACCCUGGGGACGUCACACAGGCAUGCCUGAGUGCGUGUGUGUUGUGUGUUCUCAUUCCCCGCCCUCCCCAGCUCCAAGAAAGAUGGCUGCCUCUAGCUGAGCUGCAUCCCCGGCUAGGUACACAUGCCUAGCUCCUUCCCCCGCUAACCAUAUGUAGGAACGGCAACAAGGAAUUCGUCUGGAUUUUGCUUGAGUGUUUCUGAGGAGAAAACGUUUGAAAAAAUGGGCGGCAAGUGUAGCUGCGUGCGCCCCAAAAAGAAGAAGGGACCGUACCAGAUAGGAGACCCCUACCCCAUGACUAUGGAGAAUCUACUCACAUCACAGGAUCCGCCGGCACAGAUCAGCAGAGCUGCCACCUUUGCCAGUCGUGAAACUGCCACCCUCCUCCGCCAGCGAGCCAGCUACAAUACUGAGGACAAUGUAGGUAUCACGGUAGUGGUGUGGUUGGGACUCAGCUGCAUGACAGACAGUUGGUUGGCCUUGCGAUUUUGUUUUGCCUCCAGAGGGGCUCAGGUUUCAGUCGUUGACAGCAGCCAGCUGAGCCCUGCAGACGCCAAACAGGUGUUUGCAGAGGUGGAGCAGCAGCUUCAGACAUGUGAAGGCUGCAUCAAGGAGAUGUUCACCGACGUACAGACUCUGAGGGAAGGAGGCUACCCACAGGCAGACCCACUCCAGAAGAAGGUGUUCCUACUGCAUGAGAGGUGGGUCCACCUGAAGAACUCACUGCAGACCAGCAGCCAGGCCAGGAGAUUUGGGGAGGUGCCGGCACAGCUCAGGUCACCCACAGGCAUGAGUCUGUCUGAGGUGGGGGAGGGCAGACUGCUGCAGGAGUGUCUGAGCUGGGUACAGAACAAAGAGUCGAUUCUCGAAAGUGGCGAGUACGGCAGUGACCUCCCCAGUGUACAAAGACUUCUAGAAGAACACAGAGAACAGCACAGAGUCAUCACUGAGUUCAAGGCCAAGGUCGACCAGUGCAUAGCUAACAAGUCCAAGCUCAUGGGACCCAAGUACCAUGUAUACUGUGAACAGCUUGCCAAGCUUGAAGAGGCUUAUCCCAAACUCAUGGACAUGUCUCAGAAGCGGCUGCAGUACCUGGAGUCUCUGCUAGAGUUCAUCCGCCUGGCGACCCUGGAGCUGAUGUGGCUGAACGAGCGGGAGGAGUUGGAGCUGGCGCGGGAAUGGGACGACAAACCGGUCAACAUCACCGAGCUCGACCAGCACUACGAGGUGUUGAUGCAAGAACUGGAAACCAGAGAGGCUCAGUUCAACUCCCUACAGGAGAGAGGAGAGGCACUAGCUCUGGCCAAUCACCCUGCUGCUAAAUCUAUAGAGGCUUACAUGGCAGCUAUGCAGACCCAGUGGGCGUGGCUCCUGCAGCUGACAUCCUGUCUGGAGCAGCACACCAAGCACACUGCCAAGUACCAGCAGUUCUUUGCCGAGGGCAGAGAUGUUGAGACCUGGCUGAAGGAGCAGGCGGACCUGUUAAACACCAAGUACAACAGGACAGACCUUCCACUCAACGAGGCGGAAGACCUGCUGCAGGAAAUCUUCGAGAUGAAGGAGAGUCUGGUGGAGUUUAAGGACCACAUCAGUUCUCUGGCGACCAACAGUAAGCAGGUUCUCCCUCUCAAGCAGAGGCGGCAGAAAAACACCUCCAACAUCACCGUUAAGGCCGUCUGUUCAUACAGGCAGAUAGACCUUUCAUUGAAAGAGGGAGAUGAGUGCAUUCUCAUAGACAACAGUCAGAAGACCAAGUGGCAGGUUAUCACCCCAACUGGAGAGGAGGCUUUUGUUCCUUCCGUAGUGUUCACCAUCCCACCUCCCUGCUCAGAAGCUGUGGACUAUGCAGAAAGACUGGAGGUUCAGUACCAGGAGCUGCUGUCCCUGUGGAAGACACGUCACCUGACCCUGAAGCACACGGUGUCUGCCCAGCAGAUCUCACAGAGAGUCCAGGCCAUCAAGAACAUGAGUCUGGAACAGUUCUCCCUGCUGGACCCUGCUGAGCGAGAUGAGAUGCUGAGGUCUCUGCUGGAGGACCUGGAGCAGCUGGAGAGGGAGAACCAGGAGAGCGGCACGGUGGACCCCGCCCUGCUGGCCCAGCUCAGGGCAGACGUGGAGGCCUGUCAGAGGAGGCUCCAGGACCUGGCAGAACAGGCUGGGAAAGAAGCCGUCAUGGCGGAGAAGGUUGACGAGCGGGCGCGCCAGCUGAGCUCACAGGUCGGCUCCUUCGUGCAGACGCUGGACACAGCGGAGCAGAAACUGAUGAUCAGGAUCCACACACCCCUCCCCAGGGACAUCCCAGGGGUCGAGGAGGUCGUGCAGGAGUCACAGGAGUUUGUAGACAACCUGAAUGUCCAGUCCAGCCAGUACAAGCAGCUGCGCUCGUCCUCAGAGGAUCUGAUUCGAACAGCGAAGCAGUCCGAGUCCCUGGACCGACUCAAGUCUCAGGUCACCAUCAUGGUCCAGAAGUGGGACCGGGUCUGGAACCUGUCUCAUAUCUACCUGGACAAGACGAAGACGGUGCUGGUUGUGAUGAAGUCCAUGGAGGACGCGGACAAGUUUGUGUCUAUCCAUGAGGUCACCCUGUCUGCUGCCCCAGGUCUGCCCUGUGAACCUCCAGCCAUCGACAAGCAGAAAACAGACCUGCAGGAGACACAGCGGGAAACCAUUUCCCUGCAGCCGAAGCUGGAGCAGCUCAGACUGGACAUCGUGAAUGUGAAGGACUCAGGCACACAGAUGACCCCUGACCAGGAGGACCCGGACGCCGCUCGGGUGGAGGAGGAUGCGGAUGACAUGAGGAAGAGAUGGCAGACUGUCCUGCAGCAGACAGAGGACAGAUUGGACCGCAUCAACACGGCUGCCAACACGAUGGACAGCUACCAGCGGGCGUGGCUGCAGGAGACGCGCUGGUUGGCUGAGAUGGAGCGCAGGCUGGCGGAGCAGGAGGCCAUGCCCUCCGACCCACGCAUGCUCAUGCAGAGGCUGAAUGCUACCAAGGACCUGGUGAAUGAGCUAGACCAGCACCAGCCAGCUGUUGAGGAGACCACAAGGCUGGGAGAACAGUUCAUCCAACAGGCCCAGGACUAUGACAGCCAGCUUGAGCAGUUCCGCUCCAGCCUGAACUCUGACCUCAGCGAUGCUGCCAAGAAGCCAAAGAUCCAGUCCAGCGCAGACAUUGUGGGACAGCAACUCGAUGACCUCAAUAGGCGAUACCGUGACCUUGUUGCCAAGACGACACGUAACCUCCAACUAAUGAACUCAUCCCUUGCUGCUGAAGAGAAACAGAAGGAGGGAGAUUCCCCCAUGCCACUUUCUCCCGAGAUAGAGGAUAGGAAAUCGAAACCUAAUCUGCCCAUCUUGGCGGUGGAGGAAGAAGAAAUGCAGCUGGAUGAUGAAGAACAGGAUAUAUCAGAACUCACCAAACCUCUCUUUGAUACUGCUACUGUGGGAAAGAGAAGGCCUUCCAUCAAAUCAAAAGCUGAAAAAGAUGAGAGAACAAAACUCAUGUAUGCAAACAUCGACACCCUUGAGACACUUAGAUUGGAAACUGUCAAAGUAGAGGAAAUUGCUGAAAAAGAGAAGUACAACUAUGGUAAAGUUGAGAAAGAUUUAGUUGUAAUUGAAACAACAAAAAUACUUCCCCCUCAGUCCAGAAAACCCCAGACAGCUAGGGCUAUGGCUUCAACUGUGGAUGCCUUACCCAAAAGUCCUAAACUUUUAGCAAAAACAGUCAGAAGCAAGCCUGACAACAAGGGUAAAAAGAAGUCAAAUGCAAAAAAGGCAAAAGCAGGAGAAACUGCUGCAAAACAAGAAAGUGUAACACCAAAACAGGAGGAUUCGAAGGAUGCAGAGGCAACAACAGUUAAACCUGAAACCAUAGCAAAGACAGUAAAAGCUAAAGCAGAAGAAAAACAAACCAAAGUAGACAGAGCUCCAUCAGUCCCUGUAGAACCAAGUGGAGCUGUAAGGCCACCUGUCAAAGGGCGAGAAAGGACCUCUAAGGGAGAGAAAGAUAUCAAACUUGAGAGUCCUGUAACUGAGGCAGUAACAGACAUGGACAUAUCAGAAAUAGAGCAGAAAGAUUUUACACAAGAAAAUGUUCAAGAAAUAGGGCAGGCUGUGCCAAAAGAGACUGAACAACAAAAUGUAGAAACAGUUAGAAAGGAUAAAGAGGCCAAGAUGGAGGGUCCUACAGGAGAUAUUGAGGAGGCCACAGAAAUGGAGGUGUCAGAAACAGAACGGCUCGUAUCACCAGAUGUAGUUUCAGGGACAGUUAAAGAUGGAAAGAAAAGUAAGCCUCAGACUGGUGAACAGGGUAGGGAAGGUUCCUCACUAGCUGUAGGGGAAUUACAUACAGGGCAGGUGUCAGAAGUGGGAGAAGUGAAGCCAGAACUGGUGUCUGAACCCAGGGAAAGUGAAGUGCAGCAAACCACAGAACUGGGAAAGGGGGGUGAAGAGAGGAGUUUUCAAGGACAUAGUGGUUUCAGUUCAGAUGUCCCCACAGUUACAGAUACUGAAGAUGCUACACAUACUAGUGCUGUAAAAGAUUCUGAAUCAGUUACUCCUGGGGCAAAGGCAACUAAGAGUAAAGCUGAAACUAAGGAACCCCAUGAAGAAGACACAGUGAUGGAGGUGUCAGAAACAGAACAGCUUGUGUCACCAACUGUAGUUUCAGAAACUGUUAAGGAUAAUGGAGAGGAAGUGAUGCCCCAACAUAGUGCACAAGGCAGGGAAGGUCCCUCACUAGCUAAAGAUUUGCAUAAAGGGCAGGUGUCAGAAAUGGGAGAAGUGAAGCAAGAACUUGUGUCUGAAGCCAUGGAAAGUGAAGUGCAGCAAACCUCUGAACUCGUAAAGGGUGGUGAAGGGAAGAGUUUAGAAGGGCACAGUGGUUUCAGUUCAGGUGUCUCCCACGAUACUGUAGAAGAUGAUUCUGCAGCAGUUACACCUGCAGCAAAGACAGCUAAGAGUAAAGCUAAGGAAUCCUUGGAAAAAGGCUCACCAAAGAAGAAGCCACUGUUCUUUCAGUCAGCUGUCCUUCCCAAGAAGUCUAAGAAGGCUAAAGCCACAGUGAAGUAUGUCAGUGAGACAGGUUCCAUCACCCACCCACAAAGUGGUGAUCACAUCUCGGUCUUCCAAGCCGUGCAGUCCGGAGUUGUCAACUUGGAAACUGGACUGUCCAUGCUCAGGGAACAAGUACAGUCAGGAGGACUCAUUGACGGGAAAACAAAACAGAGGCUGUCUAUUCCAGAAGCUCUCAAUACAGGACUUAUCAAUGAACAGAUAGCAACCUUUUUGACAAAUGGGGUAACAGAACAGGAAAAGAAAGCUGUGGCUGAAUCUAAAAAGUCUGUUGCUACAGAAGCAAAAGUGGUGCAGUACAGAGUUGAUAAUGGUUGUGUAGUAGACUCUGAAAGUGGACAGAAAUUCACUCCACUGGGUGCCACAAAGCUUGGUAUAAUUUCCCAGGAAGAGAUGGCAAUGAUCUUAAAAGACCAGAUGGAAAUUCAUGGUGGCAUCAUUGACCCUGACACAGAGGAAGUGCUAAAUGUACCUGAGGCUCUGUUAAAAGGAUUGAUUGACCAUGACACUGCAAGCAAACUAGUCCAGAAGAGGGAAACCCUUCCCUAUGCAACUUACCAAAUGACCCCAGAGUCCUCUGCAUCUGAAGAUGAAGAAGAGAAGAAAGUACUCCCUAAGGCUUCUCCAAGAAAGGAGCCAGUACGAGGGAGAAAACCACGUACUGGCUCCUCAGGAUCGCAGCCUUCUUCACCAGUGAAGCCGUCACCGUUGCCCUCACCAGGAGUUGGACCACGGCCUACAGCAUCUGGGGCUCUGCCUGCAUCUUAUGGAGCUGUUUCACCCAGCAGAAUUGAUCAGGCAAAGGCCAGAGCAAGGCAGGCACAACGCACAAUGUUGGACACCAACAUUGCUGUCAUUGAGGAUCACAAUCUCGUACAUCCCUCCACAGCAUCAAAGGUCAGGCAGAUGAUUGAAACAGGGGGCUAUAUCGUGGAGCCACGAGCUGGUAAGAAGUUGAGCGUAAUGGAGGGGCUGGAAUGGGGACUUAUUGACCGGGACACCGCAUUUCAAAUGACUGCUGUUGAGAUUGCCAUGGGCAAGCCUGUGAAUAUCAGAAAGUACACAUGGCUAACUGUAGCUGAGGCAAAGAAGUUGGAUGCCUUGGAGACAGCCAGGAAGGGUUUCAUUGAUCCAAACACUAGAGCUAGAAUUCACGUCUCAGAGGCACACAGAAGAGGGCUGGUGGAUGACUUCACCUUGUCGUCUAUCUUGGAGGUUGAUGCAGCUCGAGGAGGUGUGCAGAAUCCAGAAACAGGAGACACUCUGUCAGUUCUGGAGGCAGCUCAGAGGAACAUCAUUGACAGGGCAACUGCAGAGAAGCUGCUUCAUGUCCAAGCAAUGACAGGUGGUAUCACACACCCUGACACGGGCGAGAGAGUCUCUGCCUUCGAGGCUCUUCAGGAGGGAAUCAUCAACACAGAACUGGCCAUGGCCUUACUCCAUGCUGAGGCACAGACAGGGGGACUGGUCCUGCCAAGAACCCACAAGAGAGUCUCCGUUGCUGAGGCUGAAAAGCAGGGUGUCAUCCUGAAGGAGACAGCAAGGAGGCUUCAUCAGAUCCAGGCAGCAACUGGGGGCAUUAUUGACCCAGGUGGGGGGCCAAGGGUUCCUGUGCUGAAGGCCCUGGACAUGGGACUCAUCCGGGAGGAAAAUGUGAUGAGACUCCUGAAGGCAGAAGCUCGGAGUGGCGGCAUUGUCGAGCCUCAGUCAGGACAGAGACACAACUUACAGGAGGCAGUGGAGAAGGGCCUCAUUAGUGACACCAUGGCUGAUUUGAUUGAGUUGUCCACUCCAAGUCCAACAGUUAGUCCUUCACCUAGCCACUUCUUUGGACAAGAUCAACCAUGGCAAGAGGCCAAAGAGAAGCUUCAGCAGGAGAAGCUGCUGGUAAGGGCUGCUGAGGAAAUAGAACAAAGAGGUCUGACCCCAGCAAAAGGACCUAUAUCACCUGAGGCAGAAGCCACAUCCACAGUCUCAGGCAAACUACUGGGAUUUACUACAGACCAUGGUCAAACUGAUGUGACUCCAGUAGAAGCUUUAGUGGAUGAGACUACAAAAGAAACAAGUGAGCCUGCCAGGGAUGAAGAUUCCUCCAUCAAAGGGCAAGCUGUAAAACGCAGACGAUCCUUGCAUAAAAAGAAAUCGCCAGAAGCAGAAAAGACAAAGAAGGUACCACCUCCGCUGAAUGUCCCAGCAGCAGCUCUUACAACAGCUACUGAAGGAGAGAGAGUCAAAGGCCAACAGCCUGAUCUUCUCACAGGGACAGAACAAGAAACAGCGAUGGAAACAGAGGAGACCAUGCCACCCUCAGAAGAGUCCCAAGGAGCUACAGCUGAACCCACUGCAGAAAACAUUGAUGAGUUGCUGAAGGCAGGCUGGAAGGUCAGAGUCCGUGCCCCAAAGCCUGACGACCAGGGGGAAGCGAUGGAGGUUGAAGAGAGUGUUCAGGCACUGCUUCACGAGGAAGGGAUGGAUUAUUCCCAGGCUGCCACGUCUCUUACUGAGUCUGCUGAAAUGAUGGACACCUCGGAAGAACCUGCUGGUCAAGCCGACAGGAAAUGGCGAGUUGUGGUAAGAGGAACUAACGAGGGAGAGGCAGGCAAAGAUGUGGACGAAGAAGGAGCCUUACAGUCAGCAACAGAGCAACCGCCCCCUGCCUUUGGAAAAGCAGCUGUCUCUGAAGUGGAUGUUGUAGAGGGGAAGAAGUCAGCUUCUAAACAAACUGCACAAGAGCAGGACCCAGCUUGGAGGGUUCUGGUGAAGGGGUCUAAAGAGGACGAAGAUGCAGAAAACUUGGAGCCAGUUUCUGGGGCAUCUUUGCAAGGUGUGACACAAGGAGCAUCUGACUUGCAAAGGGUUGGAGAAGGUUUGCAGAGAGCUGCAGUCAUAAGUCAAUUGGCUACUGAGGUCUCAGAUCAAGUUGACUCAGCAUCAACACCUGGAAAGCAGGUGGAACAGCUGCGGGAAGUCAAAGAAGCUGACAAAAGCAGUGUUGAGGAUGUUAGUGUAAAAUCAACUGAUCAGAAAGUACGGCUAGACACAUUAAAGGGGGGUCUAAGGGAUAAUGCUGAGAUGAAAAUACAGGAAGGGGAAGGAGGGAUUGUAGCUUCAGAUGGGAGGGAAGGGAUAGAUCAGGAAUGGAAACAGCUAGUACAAGCAGCAGACCAAACAGUAACACCUGAUACAUCAUUGGCAAAUGUUUCAAUGUCUAAAACUAUGGUGCUAAAACAAGAUGAACAAAAGUCUGAUGAAUCUGCAAAGAUUGCACAGGAUAGUGAGGAUUUUAAAGUUUCUGCUCAAAACCAGGUCAGAAGUGGGGAGAAGUCAACUCAGCAUGAUGUGUCGACAGAGGAAAAGUUCACCCAGUCGGGUGCAGGGCAGGAAGAAAAGUUCACACAGCAUGAUGCCAGCCUAAGCACUUCAGCCACACAAACUUCCCCAGUAAAAGACACAGCGACAGAGGAUAGCUUUACUCAAAUGUCCCCUCCUGCACAACAGCAGGGACUGAACUGGAAAAUGGUUGUAAGGGGUUCAGAAGGUGAAACUCUAAUGGAAGGCUCCUCCUUUCCCUUCACGGAACAAUCUACUCCCUCUAAAGAUAGCGACAGUCUUGCUCAGCCUUCUCAGUCCCUGUUAGAAUCUCAAGCUGACAGACAAGCUGAUUUAAAGACCUCUCCUGAGAAGAAGGUGGAGGAACUGUCUGCCUCCCUGGUAGCAGGCCUGGUUGGUCCUCUUGAAGGCAAGGACAGACAAGAGGCCCCCAUGGAUGCACAAGGGUCCAUAGUCAGCCCUGAGCCACCCUCCAAACCUCCCACUGCAGAUGCUGCUACAAUGUACUCCACAUCAGUAGAAAUGGAUGCUGAAGGCAAACCCACAGCCAUGGCCACAGCUGAGGAGGUUGGGAAGCUGCUGGAUUGGGUCAAAGACGUCGACAAGAAACUGACUCAGCAGCCAGGUGUGGAAGGAAACAACGAACAGCUGCAGCAGAUGCUUAAAGAACAACAGGCACUCGGCGAGGACAUUGUUGCCCAUCAGGAACCCGUAGUCAACACCGUCACCACCGGCAGACAGCUCCUGUCUGAGCACCCCGCCCUCAGCAAGGCUGACAAACAGAGCCUGGAAGGAGGACUGGACAAGCUGGAGAAGGGCUAUGAAGGGGUCUGCGACAAGUCUGCUGCUCGGAUGGAUGAACUGCAGUCUGCACUGCAACAACAGCAGGACAAAAAGGCCAAGCCAACCGGUUUAGCUGCCGAAAGUAGACAGACAAGAAUAGAAGAGCCCCAAGCUGUAGCUACGUAUAGCCCUGCAACUCAAGCUAGAGCUAGCCCAGCAACGCAAGCGUCAGGACCCAGCAAAGCUAGUCUGAGCACUGCAGUGCAGCCAGUAGCUAACUUGGCAGGCAGGAAUAGAGAUAACCAUGCUGCAAUACUAACAGAAAAAGCUGUAACACCGCUUGUAGUUGACAAAGCUGAAGGUAGUGAAGAAGUUACACCUCAAAUUUACACAGUAGUGGAGAUUUCCCCAGUCCAUACUGUCAAGGAGGACAUAACCCCCACAGAGAGUGACUCAUCCCCAUCUGAAUCAGCUGUAAGAUAUAGUGACACUCCCUCAGAUUCUUUGGAGGCAGGGGAACCACUGUCAGAACAAGACAGCUUGUUUGAGGAAGAUAGUCUCUCUGUAAAAGAUAGUCUGUCUGAACAAGAUGAAGAUUUAGAGGACGGUUCAGAAGGAGAAUCCACCCUUGUGUGGCAGGACAGCCCUAUUGCUAGUCUUCAACCUUCUGAUUCUGAAGCCAGGAAGGCGGAGGAGGAAAAUGUAGCACAGGUGACAGAUAAGCCCCCAGCACUCCCGCCUAAAAUGUCUAAAAUACGAGGUCCUUCAAAACCUCCAGCCCAGCCAGUUGUUGACAUAGAGAAGACACCUGUGAGAGAACAGAGCCAAAGUUAUAAACCUGAUCUCCCUAAAAAGGUAGCAAAAGAGUUACCUCCCUCCAAGGUCAAGCAAGCCCAUUCCACAGUAGACAAAGAUGUAAGCAGAGUAGAUAGCCCAGUUUCAGGCAUUCGGGAAGGCAGCUUAGAUGUGAAGAUGAGAGAAAGAGAGCCACAGAAAAAGCAAUUACCCAAACCUGUAUCAGCAAAAAAGCAAUCACCCAAACCUGUAUCAGCAGUUGGCCCCAUGCCUGAGUCCAGUAAACAGGUCAUGAGAGAAAGCCUCGUACAGACCCUAGCAGCAGGUGAACAUUCCCAGGCCAAACGGCAGCAGCAUGAAGCGACCAGCCAGGUAACACCCCAUGGUAGGCCCAACACAGAAUCAUCCCAAGGUUCAGUCCCUCCAAGCCAGGUAACGCCUAGUCAUAGACCCGACACAGAAUCACCAAAACAUGCAGUUCCUCCCGCACAGGUAACACUUGAUCCCAGUUCCCCCAGCACAAAAUCACGUGAAAGUUCUCUCCCUUCCACACAGGCACCAGAAACCCAGUCACAUCUAGACAUUCCAGAACCUUCACUUGCCCCGGACACACAGCCCGACACAGGCAACAUAGAGCUACAGUCACCAUAUGACAUAGAGAUCGAUCCUGAAAUGAUCUUUGAGGCUUUGGAAAGAGGUCUCAUAAACGAACCGACAGCCAUCAAAAUACUGGAAACCCAAGUUCGGUCAGGCGGAAUUGUGGACCCAAACACAGCUGAGAAACUGUCCCUGGAAGAAGCCCAGAAAAGAGAGCUUGUUACCUCACAGAUGGCAGAACAGUUGAUGGAAGCAGAGAAAACUAGAUUGGCAACAGAAGAGUCAGACAGAGUUGAGACGCAGAGAAGUAUAGAGACUGUAGUAUCUACCUCAGAGAAUGUAGAAGGAAUGCAGGUAAUCACUACAACUGUUGUUGAGACACAUACGGUCUCUUUAGGUGUGGAUGAGCUUGAGGCUGUACAGGGAAUGUAUGUGAAAAAGGGAGAGGACCAAAGUAAUGUAGCAAAAGUAGAAAGGGAGAAAAGUGCAGUAGAUAAUGAAGGGAAGGGAACUAGUAAAAUAGGUAAGCCGAAAGAAAAGGGAGCAGUGAAAGAGGUGCUUCGUAAGCCCACAGAACGGCAGAUGGGAAGGAGAGCAGAGAGGAAACUGAGGGAACAGAAACUGGGCAAAGACCAAGACAUUCCAGGACCAAGUCCAGCUACAGCAGCAGAAUCGGCAGCCAGUGACUCUUCAUCAGCAUCUUCAUCAAGAUCAUCCUCCACUUCAUCAUCAUCAUCCUCUCCAGAUGAAGAGGAGAUGGAUCUCACAAGAGUGGGGCGUGAUGAUGCCAACAUCUUUGAGGAAAUCUUUGAAGAGGCCUUUGAGGAUGGAGAUGCCUACCAUGAAGACUCAGAUGAGGCAGAGAUUUCACCAAGACCAGAGCUGGAAAUCCUUGAAGAUGAUGACCCCAAAAGGAGAUCUAAGAGGACAAGAUCCACAGCAAGAGACAAACCAACGGGACCACACACUGCUGCUGAGCCUGUAAAAACUGCCUCAAAAACACAGGAAAAGGCUCCACUUGGAACAGGAAAACAUUUUGAAAAAGCUCCCCAAAAGGGCCCAGAAGAUACUGCCAUGACAAUAGAAAAAGCUGCUAGACAGUCACAGGCAGAAGGUCUAGCUGGAAUGAAAAAGGUUUCCAAUGCUGCUGCUACUGCUACUACAACUGUAAAGAUGGGGGAAAAUGGCCAACGUACCACUACAACAACAAUAAAGACUAAGUCUUCACAAGGCCUUGCUUCAUUUGAGGAAAGCUCUGUUGAACAACAUUUUACAAGUACAGAAGUGACUCGUUCAAUUUCAACUACAGUUGUCACUUCACAAGUGAUGGAAGGGCCCAUUUCAGUUGACCGUAGUGGUGAUGAUGAUGAACAGACGACUGCAACAGAGCUCAUAGACUCCAUCAUGACAGACCUGGAAGAUGCCACAAGUCCAACAGGUAGUCUUGACAGAAGUAGCAUUCAGGGCUCCAAAAAACAUCAGGAAAUGGUUCAGGCCACAGAUUUAGAAACUGCUGUUAAAGACCUGGAGGAUCAAGUCACACAUGGAGGUAUUGUAGACCCACAAACUGGGCACAGAAUCUCCUUGGUCGAAGCUGCAGAUAAGGGCUUAGUAGAUCCAGAAGCCUCUAUGAAGCUGCUUGAAAAUCAGGCUGCCACUGGUGGCAUCGUUGAUAUGAGAACUGGAGAACGUUUCUCCAUUGCAGCAGCUCGUAUCUCUGGUAUUCUAGACGAGGACACUGCCCUUAGUUUACUGGAAGCACAGGCUAUGACAGGAGGAUUGAUUGACCCCAAAACAGGGAACAGACUGACAUUCCUGGAAGCUCUUCAAGAAGGAGUUCUCGACAAGGAAACUGCUUUCCUACUGCUGAAGAGACAGGCAGAGACAGGUGGAGUCAUUGAUCCCAAAACUGGCAACAGGGUCUCUGUCAAAGAGGCAGUUGAAAGUGGAAUCAUUGAUGAGGACACUGCUUUGAUUCUCCUUGAUGCACAAGUGGCGACAGGUGGAAUCAUAGAUCCUAUAACAGGGGAGAAGCUGUCUGUUCCACAGGCUGUAGAAAGGGACAUUAUUGACUCUGACCUUGCAGACGACCUUCUCAACAUUCAGGCUAAGAGUGGAGGCAUCCUCGACCCAGCCACACGCGAGAGGCUGUCAGUUACAGAAGCCGAGGAUCGCAGUCUGAUUGACCGUGAUUCCUCCAUGAGGCUUCUGGAAGCUCAGUUAGAAAAUGGAGGAAUUAUUGACCCCAAGUCUGGUCAGUUGAUGUCCAUUGCAGAUGCUCAGGAAGCAGGGGUCAUCAGCACAGACAUGGCUCUCUGUCUCCUUAACAGGCAAGAACAAGAUGUUGCAGAUGACAAGAUACAAGCAGAUGAGGAGGAGAUGGAUAUUGACCAGGCACCAGCGGUCAUGGCUAGUGUCCAGGUUAGCAUGGUUGGCACCGAGAGCCCCUUGCCCAUUCUAGAACAGCAACUUCUGGGAGGGGGUAUCGUGGACACAGAAACUGGAGACAGACUCCCCACAUUAGCUGCUCUGGACAGAGAAAUCAUUGAUGAGGAACUUGCUGUUGAGCUUCUGGCGAGGGAGUCCUGUAAUGGAGGCAUCCGAGAUCCACAGACUGGUGAACGCAUGUCUGUGAUGGAGGCAGAAAAGCGCGGACUCAUCAAUACUGUGAUGGCUCAGAAGGUCCUAGAAGCUCAAGCCAGACUUGGAGGUAUCAUAGAUCCACAAACUGGUGAUAGACUCACUGUAUUACAGGCUUUGGAACGUGGAAUCAUUGACCAGGAGACCACGCAGGGCAUCUUUGAAGAACAGAUUGCAAAUGGAGGGAUCGUUGAUCCGAGAACUGGCAAACGUGUGUCUGACAUACAGGCUAUUUCUCAGGGUCUUGUUGACAAGCAAACAGCUCUGGCCCUGCUAGAUGCCCAGGUUGGAACUGGAGGUAUCCUGGACCCUAAAACAGGAGAGAGAAUCUCUGUCAUACAAGCUAAAGAAAGAGGGCUGGUGAAUUAUGACACGGCCACAAGCCUGCUGGAGGCUCAGUCAGAGCAGGGAGGUAUCAUCGAUGCUCGUACAGGGAGGAGAUUAAACGUCUUCCAGGCAUCUCAGCAAGGUCACCUUGACAAUGACACAACUGCUGUACUAUUGGCCAAGCAGCUGUCAUCAGGGGGACUUAUCCACCCAGACACGGGGGAUGAGAUUUCUCUCGAGGAGGCAGUUGCCAUUGGCCUGAUCCCAGAGGAAGUUGCUGAAAGGCUGGCGCUGAAAGCCCAGGAUGUUCAUGUGAAGGCACAGAUGGACACCCAGCAUGCUCAGCAUGCUGGGAAGGUGUCAGAUCUGUUGGAGUGGAUUGCGAGGACGGAGAACACCCUGAGCGAGAAGCGGUUGGUCCGAGGCGACCUGUCAGAACUGCAGAAACAACUGGCAGAACAGAAGGCCAUAGCUGAUGACAUCACAGGGCACCAGGCUGAUGUGGACGCUGCCCUGAAGGCAGGUCGGGAGUUCCUGGCAGCACAGAAGGACCAGCUGAGCGUGGAGCAGGCCAAGGACCUGCAGUACGACCUCAACAACCUGGAGAAGGGCUUCAACAACAUCAAGGAGAAGAACGAGGGAAGGAUAGAGGUGCUGGAAGACAUGCUGGGGGCAAAGGAGAAGGAGAGCGAAAGAAAAGACCGAGUUGCCCAGCAGAAGGCAGAACAGCUGGAAAAGCUGCAGGCUUUGAAGAACUGGAUAGCUGGUGCAGCUGAACAGCUGGACCAGCAGGAGCCCAUCAGCAGUGACCUUCCAGUUCUAGAGGAACAGCACGGACAGCAUCAGGAACUACACAAUGAUAUCGAGGCCCAUGCCCAGGCUGUUGCAGACGUUGUCCAGAAGACGCACCGUUUCCUGGACCGUCAGGAGAGCUAUCUGGACCAGGAAGAGUACAACGAACUGGAUGAGCUGGCAGAGGACCUGAGGGCAGAGUUCAGUGACCUGAAGGCCAGAUCAGAAGCCAGGAUGAACCAACUGGACAAAACUCUGGAGGACCAGAGAAAUGAGGAGAGUCAGAAGCUUGCUGUGGAAGAGCAGAGCCAAGCUGCCCAGGAAAGGUUACAAGAUCUGUUGGAGACUGUGGAACAGUACAGGAGCGACCUCUGUGAGCAGGAGCCUGCACUGCAGGACCUGCAGGGACUCACAGAACAGACUCAGGAACAUGAGAGCCUUCACCAGGAAAUCAGCAGCCAGCAGCCUGAGGUCAUGCUCGCCCUUCAGGAGGCACAGCAGCUCAUCGCUGCACACGGAGACCAGCUGUCCCCCAGGGCCAGGCAGAACGUCAUCAAGGGCCAAUCAAAGCUCAGGAACAUGUACGACGACCUCAACGAUCAAUCAGAGACCAGGCUAAAACAGAUGCAGUCCAUGACGGACGAGCUGCAGAAGUUUGAGGCAGAAUGUAAGACCUUUCAGGAUUGGUUGGAAGAAGCAGAAGGAGAGAUGGAGGGAGUGAAAGAAGGGGCCUCCGAACUUGAAGGACUGAAGGAACAGUUAGACAAGCAAAAGACCUUGUCAGAAGACGUCCUUGCACACAAGGGUGACCUGAGGUUUGUGACAAUGGCUGGACAGAGGUUCCUGGACCGAGCUAAGGCACAUGAGGAGAAGUUGAGUAAGUUCCAUGCCAAGGUUAAACCAGAGGAACCCUUCAGUCCUGAGGAGGUGAGCCCCACAGUGCAGGACAAACUGGACAACCUGGCCCAGCGCUACCAGAACCUCCACACACAGUGUGGGCGGGAAGGCAAGCAGCUCGGGGACGCUGUGCACAAACACAAGCAAUACAAAGAGGCUGUGGACAGCCUGUUACCAUGGUUACAGAGUGCCAAGGAGACAGCUGAUCAGAAGGCAUCCGAGCCAAUAGGGGGAGACCCUGCAUCAAUACAGAAGCAGAUUGAUGAUUUGAAGGCCUUCCAGUCAGAAGUAUUGGCACACUCUGGUCAGGUGGACCACACCCGGCAGGCUGGCCACGCCCUACUGGACACUCAGGGUGCCUUAGCUGAUUCCCAAGAUGUCAACAAUACCUUAAGUGCAAUAGAUGACCAGGUUGCUUCUGUAAACGAGGCCAUCUCGCAGCGAGGAGACCAGCUGCAGGCAGCCCUGAUGCAGUCGCAGAGCCUGCAGGGCAGCCUGGACGGAGUUGUUCGCUGGCUGGACAACACGGAGAAGAAGCUGGCCACACAGGGUGCAGUCACAGUCAACAAGGAGGCCUUGGCACAGCAGACCGCUGAUCAUAAGGUGCUAGCUGAUGAUGUGAGCCGUCAGCAGGCCACCGUCGCCUCCCUACAGGAGACCUGUGGGAAAGUCCUUGCCUCAGGUUCCCCCACCAUGGGACCUAACCUGCAGGAGUACCUGGACGACAUCACUGCUCGAUAUGCCAAGGUCAAACAUCAAACCGAAGAGAGGACAGAGGACCUGAACAGGAUAGAAGGGAAAUUUGCUGAGUUUGAGGAUGAAAGGACGAAGCUGCAGGAUUGGUUAGCUGUUGCCAUGGAGACCAUGGAGUCCAAGCCUGUUGUACAUGGUGACCUGAAGGACCUGGAAGACAAGGUCAAGGAGGUCACUGGUGCAGUAGAAACCCACAAGGACAGCUUAGAGAACAUGGUGCAGGCUGGGAACGAGCUGGUGGGAGACAUGAAGACUGGUGACACGGGUUACGUCACACAAAACAUCGCCAAGACAACACAGGCCUGGGACAACCUCAACAAACUACUCAAGGACAGAGCUAGUCAGCUGGCCGUGCAGCAGCAGCUGAGUGCAGAGUACAACACUGGUCUGGAGGAGGUGAAGGACUGGCUACACAACAUGGAGGACCGCGUCGCCAGUCUACAGCCCGUCCCUGUAGACACCAGCAAGCUCAAGCAGCUCAUGGAGGAGAUCAUGCCCCUCAUCAAGGAACACAAAAACUUCCGAGCCAAGCUGGACAAGGUGAAUGACCUUGGUGCCAAGUUGGGUGUUCCUGCAUUCGAUGAGGCAACCACACCACAUAGUCCCAGCAAACACCUCACUCCCUCCAGCUCACCCAAACACAAGGGCAUCACUUCUCCAGGUGUGACCAGCCCUGAUCGUAUGUCUCGCAGUUCCAGCGGCUUUAUCAGCCACAACGGCACUGACCAUGCCGAGACUAACGGUCUCCCAUCUGAAGAAGUGGUGGCCAUGCAGCAGCAGCUGGCUGAUGCCAACUCCAGGUACAGCUCCCUCGGGGAUGAGCUAGAGAACAGGAAAGCUGACCUACAGGACACCUGUGGUCUGGCUGAGAAGUUCCAGAGGGAGGGGGAGGAGUUAGCAGAAUGGCUGGCAGAUGCCAAGGCCAAGGCCGAGUCAUGGGUUCCCACGGCAACUGACCCGAAGACAGUCCAGCAACAGAUACAGCAGCAAAAGGCCCUUCAGGAGGGUCUGUCUCACCACACUACCCUGAGACAGAGUCUGAAGGACACGGCACAGGCACUGCUGGAGGAGAAACCUGACGCAGAGGGCACCGACAAGGUCAUGGACAAACUCAGCGCCAUAGAUGACCAGUGGAAACAGCUGGAGCAGGACAUGGCCAGCAAACAGCAGCAGCUGGAAGCAGCCAGUGGAAACCUGCAGGAUUUCACAGCAGCACAGCAGCAGCUGUCCUCCUGGCUGGCUGACAAGGAGAAGAUGGUGGCUGUGCUGGGCCCGCUGGCCAUCGAUGCAGCCAUGCUGAAGAACCAACAGCAGCAAGUGGAGGUCAUCCUAAGUGAGUUUGAGAGCCACAAGCCUCAACUAGACCAGCUCAACCAAUCAGGACAAGCAAUCCUUGAUUCCAUGGAUGCAGAUGCUGCCAAAGCUUCCCCUAUUGGUCAACAGAUGGCAGCUGUCAAUCAGAAGUGGGAGGAACUAACUGGGCAACUGAAGGGCAGAGAGGACAAGAUUGCUGGUUCCAUGGAAGAGGGUCAGAAGUUUAGUGAUGCCACUAAGGAGCUCUCUGAUUGGCUGCCUGAAGUGACUGACAAGCUGAAUGGCCAAUUACCUGUCAGCUCACAGCCUGAUGUGGUAAAGGAACAAAUGGAGGAAGCCAAGAUGUUGCAAGAGGAACUGUCCAACAUGCAGCCCAAACUUGAGGAGGCACAGAAGUCCUGUGAGAAGCUUCAGGCUCUGAACGAUGAUCCUAUGAUGCAGGCUGAACUGGGAAGGAGACUGGAUGCUGUCAAGGGUCCUUUCAACAGAGUGGCUGGCAAAAUUGCUGACAGACAGCAGAAGCUGGAGGCAGCAUUGCUGUCCUCUCAAGAGUUCCAGCAGUCCUUUGACGACCUUUUGAACUGGGUCAAGGACAAGGAACAGCAGCUGGACAGCCAGGAAUCUGUGUCUGCUGACAUGGACAAACUGGAACAGCAGUGGACAGACAUACAGGAUCUGACCAAAGAACUGAACACCAAAGACCCGUCAGUGAAGGCAGUGUUAUCUGAAGGCCAGAAACUGCUAAGUGAGACCCGUGGUGCAGACAGGGCAGCACUGGAAGAUCAGCUGGAGGAGCUGAAGAGGAAAUGGGAGGAUCUCGGCAACCGGGCGGAGGCCAGGAAGGAGAAAGUACAGACCUGUAAGGAAGCUGCGGAGGAAUAUGCACAGCUCCUGGAAGACCUGUUGCCAUGGCUACACGAGGCAGAAGAACAGCUGGAGGCGAUGAGUCCCGUCAGCGUUCAGCUGGAUGAACUACUAGACCAGAUCACAGAAGUGGAGCUCCUUGAGAAGGAGGGUCAGGAGCAUGAGCCAGGUGUGAAGUCACUCAACUCUGUGUCUGAUGCACUCGUCAACAGCUGUGAAGCCGACGACCAGAGUGUCAUGGACACCACCGCUGACUUCAACGCUAGAUACCAGCAGCUGGGACAAGGCCUGGGAGAGAGGCGGCAAUCCCUGGAGGACAUGCUAGGACGUCUGAAGGAGUUCAACGAAGCAGUUCAAGACGUCCAGGACAAGCUCAUCAAGCAGGAGGACAAGCUGGCAGAGCAGGAGAACCUUGGGCCAGAGGCCAGAGACAGCAAACAGUUCCAGAACCUCAAGAAUCUCCAGUCUGAAGUGGCUGAUCUGCAGUCUAAGAUAGACUAUGCCAAGGACUUUGGGGAGGGCGUCCUUGCAGACGCACCCGAGGGAACGGACUCAAGCCUGAUCCGUGGUCCACUGGAGGCUGCGAAGGAUCGCUGUGAGAAACUGAGCAGUCGAAUUGAUGAGCUGUGUGGAGAACUAGAGUCAGGCCUACAUGAGCUGAACCAGUUUCAGAACAACCUACGUGACCUUCAAACCUCCCUUGGUGACCUUGAGGAUGACCUUGACAAUAUGGAUCCUGUUGCCAGAGACAUAGAUGCCAUCAAUGCUCAGAUUGAGGAAAUCAAUACGUUUGAUGACAAACUUGGUGAGAAGAAGGCAGAGGCUGAUGCGGCAAUGAAACGAUGUCAGGAACUGGUUGAUUCUGGCACAGCCUCAGAUCCCGAAGACCUCAAAAAGCAGCUUGAUGCAAUCAACAAGAGACUCAGCAAACUGAACGACAAGGCCGGGGGAAGGAAGACAGAUCUUUCCUCUGCUCUUGGCAAGCUGCAGACUUUCUAUGACACGCUGGCUGCACUGCAUGAUGGGAUUGAGAAAGGAGAGCUGGAACAGCAAUCCCAGCCUCCCAUUGGAGGGGACUUGGCCAACAUCCAAAAGCUGGACAAGAACUUACAGGAGUUUCAGCAGGCACACAUCGAGCCUCUACAGGCACAGGUGGACUCUGUCAACAAAACAGGCCAGGGGCUGGUCCAGUCAGCCAGUCCUGGGGUCAACACCAGUGGUCUGGAGGCUGAUCUGGAGGCAGUGAAUGAUAGAUGGAACAGCCUAGCAUCAAAGGUAUCUGAGCGGAAGGCUAAGCUGGACCAAGCACUGCUGCACUCUGGGAAGUUCCAGGAGACCUUAGCAUCACUGCUUGAGUGGCUGUCUGACACAGAAGACCUUGUGGCCAAUCAGAGACCACCAUCCUCUGAGUUCAAGGUCAUCAAAGCACAACUGCAGGAGCAGAAGCUGCUGAAGAGGCUAGUGGAUGACAAGAAGCCGACAGUGGACUCCCUGAAGCAGGAGGCAGAGCAGCUGUCCAGUAUUGCAGACCCAGCAGACCGGCAGAAGAUUCAGCAGCAGCUGGCAGACUUGUUCCAACGCUGGGACGCUCUCACCACCAACGCUGCAGACAGAAAACAGAAACUUGAAGAUAUCUUGGAGGUUGCCAAGGAGUUCAAGGAUGCGUAUGACCCCUUAGUGGAGUGGUUUGAGGCCACAGAGAGGAAACUGUCGUCUCAGCAGCCAAUUGCCACAGACCCUGCCAAGAUGGAGGAGGACACAAAAGAACAUCAGGCAUUGGCUGAUGAAGUGGCCAAUCAGGAGGCAGCAGUAAAUCAGGUGACCAAAUCUGGCCAAUCGUUGAUGGAGCUUUGCAGCAAUGAUGAGCAGGAGGCUGUGAAGGGUCAGGUUGACUCUGCCAGUGACCGUUUCAAGAACAUCCAGGAAAAAGUUUGUAAUCGUGGAGACCAACUUGAGCGAGCGCAAGAAAGCCGCCGCCUUUUCGGUGCUAAUGCCCUGGCCCUGCUUGCAUGGAUGACUGAAAUGGAGGAGGCCCUUGCCAAGGCAGAAGUCAUCUCUGUUGAGCCAGUCACCGUGGAGACACAACUGCAAGAACAGACGGCCAUCACUAAAGACAUCACUGACCAUAAGGCAGCUGUGGAAGAAGCUGUAGAAACUGGGAAAUCUCUCCUCACACAAACUACAGGAGAUGAGAUCCUUGUCAUUCAAGAAAAACUGGACAGCAUGAAGGACAGAUAUGCCAACAUCUCUUCAAAGGCCAAUGACAGGCAGCAGAGUUUGGAACAAGCUCUCCCAUUGGCCAACAAGUUUAAAGAUGCCACUGAGAAGCUGUCUGAUUGGCUGGACAGGGUUGAGUCUGAUAUGGGUACUGCUGAAGAUGCUGCUGGCUCUGAACAACAGCAGGAGAGAUUCAGGGAAUACAAAAAGCAGGUUGAUGAACACAAGCCCCUGGUGGCUAACAUGAACGAGGCUGGGCCCAAACUGAUGGAGUUGAGUCCCGGAGACGGGGCACGCUCUGUGGAAGACAAGAUGGCAAACAUCAACCAGCGCUAUGACUCAGUGGUCGCUGCAGUUAGGGAGAAGGUCGAUGAGUUGGAUGCUGCUCUUCAGAAGACACAACUGCUGGGCCACGGAGCUGAUCAACAGCUGGACUGGUUACAGACACUGGAGAAUCAGCUGGACAACCAGGAACCAAUCAGUGUGGAGCCUGACAAACUCCGAACACAGCUGAAAGAACAAAAGUCGAUAAACGAGGAGGUUAUCCGUCACAAGGAGCGUGUAGAGGAGAUCAUUGCGUCAGGACAGACCAUGCUGGACACAAGUGUGGAUGAGGAGAGCUCACAGCUACAGGACAAAGUUGACGAGCUUCGGCGUCACUAUGACGAUGCGAGCAAGAGGAGCUCUGAUAGGCUGAGCCAGCUGGAGCUCGCCCUCCCAUUGGCCACACAGUUUGCUGAAGUUCAUGAAGACCUGGUGCCCUGGUUGGACGAGAUUGAGGCUGAGUUGGAGGCCAUGUCACCACCCGCACUGGACGAAGACAUCGUCAAGACACAGCAGGAGGAGAACAGGGCAAGAAGAGAAGCCCUAGCAGAGCAUAAGCCUCACAUCGACAAGCUGAACAAGACUGGUCCACUGCUGGCCGAGCUGAGCCCUGGGGAGGGUGCCGAGGCUGUCAAUGUCAAACUCCGCAGCGACAGUGAGCGGUACGCUGCUGUCAAGGAGGCCGUACAGCGGAGGAGCAUCUGGCUGGACGAUGCGCUGUCUCAGGCGACACAGUUCCAUGAGAAGAUGGAUCACACCCUGGAAAAGCUGGAGAAGGUUGCAGACAAGCUGCGUAUGCCGACCCCGAUCUCUGCGGAGACUGACAAGAUCAAGGAACAAAUCUCCGAGAACGAGGCCCUACGCAGUGAGCUGGAAAAGCACCUGCCGGCGAUCGAGACCCUGCGGGGCAAGGGUGAUGAUCUCAUCAGCAAAUCAGCUGGAGUGGACAAAGAUCCGUCUGCUAAAGCCAUCCAGGACAAACUGGACCAGAUGAACUUCCUCUGGGAAGACAUCGUGUCACGUUCCGAGGAACGCGACCAGGCCAUGCUGGAGACACACGACACUGCUGAAAGGUUCUGGGAGGAGCUCGGGAAUGUGCUGAACGUCUUGAAGGAGACACAAGACUCCAUCAAGGAGCUGGAAGAACCUGCCAUCCAGCCUGACAUUGUCAGGGAGCAGCAAGAAGUCCUACAGGCUAUCAAAGAAGAGAUGGAGAGCACCCAGGACGAUAUUGAGACGGUGCGUCAGCUGGGGGAGGACCUGACCUCCCUGUGUGGUGUGCCUGACAAGCCCGUGGUCACCAAGAACGUGGAAGACCUCAAUGCCACCUGGGAUACCCUCAAUGCAUCAUGGGAAGAGAGGGAAGAGGUACUGGAGGAGGCCAUGCGGGUCGCCCUACAGUACCAGGAUGCAUUGCAGGCACUCCUAGUGUGGCUGGGGACGGCAGAAGCCAGGCUAGCCACAUUCCCCCCCAUAGGUGCAGACCCAUCCACCAUCAAGAAGCAGAUUGACAACCUCAAGGAAUUCAAGACAGAAGUUGACCCCCGCCAGGUGGCCGUAGAGGCCAUGAACAACCAGGGUGAACAGCUGAUGAAGAAAGUCUCGUCUGACGAGGCACGUCUGAGCAUCCAGGAGCCGCUUCACGACAUGAACAAGCGCUGGGAGGGUCUGCAGAGGAGCAUUGUGGACAGACAGCACAAGCUGGAGGCUGCAUUGCUAAAGAUGGGACAGUUCACAGCUGCUAUUGACGAGUUGCUCACAUGGCUGAAGCACACGGAGGCCUCACUGGAUGAGGAAAAAGCUGUGGCAGGGGACACCAAACUCAUUGAAAUUGAACUGGCUAAACACAAGGUCCUGCAGAAUGAUAUCCUGGCCCAUCAGUCGAGUGUGGACUCAGUUCACCAGGCUGGAAAAAGGAUCAUCCAGGCAGAGAACAAGGCGGAGGCCAAGGCCAUCCAAGACAAGCUGGCAGCCCUCGACAAAAGAUGGAGCGACGUCUUACAGAAGGCUGCCGACAAGCAGAGUAACCUGGAGGCCCUCCUGAAUGAGUCCCAAGGUUUCCAUGUUGUUCUGGAAGAUCUGCUAAACUGGGUAGGAGAAACAGAGACUAAGCUCAACACCACCAAACCCACAGGUGGUCUGCCUGAGACAGCAAAGGAACAAGUGGACAGGCACAUGGAGCUUCAGCAGCAGAUUGAUGACAAGACCGAGGAAAUCGACGCAGCGCUGUUCGAGGGUCAGGAGCUCAUCGCCAAGUGCGACAAAACCACGGCCAGUAACGUGGAACACAGCCUGAACAAGCUCGCAACACAGUGGGAGGGGCUCCUGGCCCACGCUGCCGAGAGGAAGUCCAAACUUGAAGAUGCCCUGAAACAAGCACAGGACUUCCACGACUCCCUCCAGAGCUUCAUCUCUUGGCUGACCAAUGCCGAGAAGAUCCUGAACAACCUGAAACCUGCAAGCAUGGUGAUGGAAACCCUGUCACAGCAGAUCGAUGAACAUAAGGAGUUUGAGAAGAACAUUGCCGACCAUCGUGAAACCAUGCUCCAGCUGGACAAGAUGGGCACGCACCUGAAGUACUUCAGCCAGAAACAGGACGUCAUCCUGAUCAAGAACCUGCUGAUCAGUGUGCAGGGGCGCUGGGAGCGCAUCCUGUCCCGCUACGGAGAGAGGAGCAGGCACCUGGAGGACGCACUCAAGAGGGCCAGACAGUUCAAUGACUCGUGGAAGAAGCUCAUGGAUUGGCUGGAUGAGGCUGAGAACCACCUGGAUUCUGAGGCACCCAUCGGUAACGACCCUGACAAGAUCAAAGCACAGCUGCUUAAGUUCAAGGAGUUCCAGCGCGCCCUCGCUGCCAAACAGCCGCUGUACGACUCCACCAUGAAGACAGGCCGCUCCCUGAAGGACAAGGGCACGCCACAGGACGGACAGAAACUGGACGAGAAGCUGACUGAGCUCCGAGACAAGUGGGACCUCAUAUGUGCAAAGUCUGUUGACAGACAACACACCCUUGAAGAGGCCCUGCUGUUCUCGGGACAGUUUGCUGAUGCCCUACAGGCCCUUCUGGACUGGCUGUACAAGACAGAACCUAACCUGGCAGAGGACCUGCCUGUCCAUGGUGACAUCGACACAGUACUCACACUCAUCGGAAACCACAAGGUGUUCCAACGUGAGCUAGCCAGCCGGACCAGCAGUGUACAGACAGUGAGGAAACAGGCCCGGGAGAUCCUGAACAGCUCCAAUGAGGACACCAGUGAGCUGCGCAGACAACUGGAGGACCUGAACACUAAAUGGGAGAACGCCUCCCGUCUCAGCGUGGUCAAACAACAGAGGCUAGACCAGGCUAUGAAACAGGCUGAAGAGUUCCACACGGCUGUCCACUGUCUGCUGGAGUGGCUGGCGGAGGCUGAACACGUGCUCCGCUUCCAGUCACAGAUUCCCGUGGACGAUGAAGACAUGCUCAUGGAGAGUCUCUCCCAACAGGAGAAGUUUGAGAAGGAGAUGGCAGACCAGCAGAGGAAGCUGCAGGAGGCCAUGGACAUGGGAGAGGCCAUCCUGAAGAUCUGUCACCCCGACGCCAUCACAACCGUCAAACACUGGCUCACCAUCAUCAUGGCCAGAUGGGAGGAGGUGACUUCCUGGGCAUCUCAGCACCGUGCCCGACUGGAAGACGCCCUCAAGGUUCUGAAGGCCAACGAGGAGCUUCUAGAUCGUCUGACGGCAUGGGUGGAGGGGGCAGAACACACCCUGCAGACACUGGACGAGGAACCUCUCCCUGACAACAUGGAGGAUGUACAGAAACUCAUGGAGGAACAUCAGAUGUUCCAAAACGAGAUGUCCACCAAGCAGCCAGAGUAUGACCGCAUCACCAAGGGUCACAAGCGCCGGAUCUCCACUGUUGACCACUCUCCGGCCGGGUUCCUGGACCGGGACGGCAGGCCUCCCUCCAGGAGGGGAGGAAGAGGCCGAGGUAGUAAAACUACCAGUCCUGCGCCGGAACCUAACCGUAACCCGAGGAUCGCCCACCUGCAGGGCAAGUGGCAGCAGGUGUGGCUGAUGGCGCUGGACAGACAGCGGAAGCUGCAGGACGCCUACGACAGACUUGCAGAGGAGCAUCUAGCGCUUCAGGCCUUUAAGAACUUCAGCUUUGACGACUGGAGAAGAAGGUACAUGCGAUGGAUGAACAACAAGAAGUCGCGUGUGAUGGACAUGUUCCGCCGCCUGGACAAGGAUCACGAUGGCAAACUGACCAGGCAGGAGUUCAUCGAAGGCAUCCUCAAGUCCAAAUUCCCCACCAACAAACUGGAGAUGAACGCCGUUGCCGACAUUUUUGAUCGGAACAAGGACGGGUUCAUCGACUACAGAGAGUUCAUUGCAGCGCUCCGACCAGAGCGGGAGUCGUCCAAACCCCUGACGGACCACGAGAAGAUCCAGGACGAGGUGAAGCGACAGGUGUCCCAAUGCACCUGUCCCAAGCGGUACCAGGUGCAGCAGAUAGGAGAGGGCAAAUACAGGGCCGGCAGAUGGACUCCAUAUACAUACAUCAAGUUUGGAGACACGCAGCGGUUGCGGCUGGUCCGUAUCCUCCGCAGCACGGUGAUGGUACGUGUGGGCGGUGGCUGGAUGGCGCUCGACGAAUUCCUCGUCAAAAAUGAUCCUUGCAGAGGACUGCGGAGACCCACUUUUCAAUGGUAUGAAGAAGCGAAAGGAAGGACCAAUGUGGAGUUACGAGAGAGGUUCAUCCUGGCAGACGGGGUUAGCCAAUCAAUGGCCACCUUCCUUCCACGUCGGCCCAUGAGCGCCAACACCUCCCCCACCCAUUCCAGCGGAUCAAGUGCCUCCACAGGACCCAUCCCCAGGAAACGUGGAACGGACACCAUAGACUCGACAAGGCCCAAGGAGCCUGCUAGCAGGCUACCCCUGCCAACCUCCGGAUCUUACCAAGGCUCCUUCUAUAAUCCCCCCACCCCUGCGAGAACAGGGAGUCGGCCGGGAAGUCGUGCCAGCAGUCGGCCAAGUUCGCGGCCGAGCUCUCGUCCGAGCUCCCGUCCGAGCAGUCGAGGUUCCAGUCGUGCCAGCAGUCCCACGGGAUCAGACUGGGACGCCAGCAGUAUUCCUGAAGGGAGCGAGUUCUCCCCACUACAGCGCCAAGGACCCGGGAGAGGGUCGUCUUCACGGAUACCCAGAAGGACAGGCAGGACCACGCCCACAGGCAGGACCACGCCUACUGCCAAUGGCCAACCCUUGGAGCCCAUAGGUGAAGGAGAUUUGAAAUCUCCUCCCAGCAAGAUCACCUCCUUCACCUCCCCUACAUCAGAGGCAACUCCUCCAAGAAAUUCAGUGCAUGUGAAUGGUGGUGCUAAGCCUCGGGCUAGCCCUAAACCUAGCCCCAAAUUAGGUUUUGGUUCUAGUUCGCCACGGAUUAUUGCGACUAGGACCCGGGAUCGGAAAACGUCGGGGCCUGCCGGCUCUCCUCCAAAGUCGAUAACGAGUCCCAAUUCGGGGAUCCCUCGUCCAAACAUCACCAGUCCCCAGUCUGCAUUGUCCCCACCAUCAGGCAUCCCCCGUCCGGGCGGGCUCAGCCCCUCACCCUCGUCAUCAGGAAUUCCACGCCACACGGCGGCCAGUCCACAGAACCUCACGUCCCCACCGUCCAGAAUACCCACCAGAGGACGUACCAUCUCCGAAUCCUCCACCGAUAGCAAGGGCAAAUCUCCCGCUAGUAAAAUUCCCACCAAAAAGAGGUGAUAGUCGCUUGUAGAGCUGUUCCUCACGAUGUAGGAUGUGUAAACAGCGCCACCUAGGUCUCAUAGUUGGUAGAACAGCAUAGCAAUGUUUCAUGACAAAAUGCAAGGCAUUGUAAAACACAUCUGUAACGGUUGUGCACCAAGAGGAUUUGCACCAUUUUGUGCAAGAUUUGUAAAAGGACUAAUGUUGAAUGCAGAUUAAAGAUGUUGCAACACGUUUUAUACAUGUAAUGUUAGACCACCAUGUUGUGAGUACAAUUUAGCUUAAUGUGGUAUGCAACAUACCAAUUUGAAAGUUCCUUUAAAAUCGCUGUAGAUUAUAGUUACUCCUAUUUAUAAAUGAUUUAGUGUUCUGUUAUGUUUUGCUGGUCUGUGAUUGUAUCAUAAUUUAAUAUUUUGAUUUCAGCCAAAAUACCAAUAUGAAAUACCAAGAUUAUUUAAAUGUGGUGAUUUGAAGUUGAUUCUAUUUGACCUAUAAGCAUUAAUGAUUACUUAAGUAGACAUCAUUUACAAUGAAUGUUUCAGUAUGUUUUCUGUGUUGCAGCUUUGAGGCCAUGUAGUAUAAUUGAGGGAUGUAAACUUUAAUUUAAAGUAAGAGACAGAUGUUUAUUGAACCAUUGUAAUCUGUUGAACCAUGUUACCAAGCAUAACUAAUCACAAUUUCUCAUGGUUUGGGGUAGAAACAGAAGAAGAUACAAUGUACAAUCUAGGUUAAAAAUGUUGCCUGGUUCUUAAACAACAGCUACAUGUGGAUGUCUGAAGAUCAGAGCUGUGUAUAACUGGGGGAAUGGGGAAAGUUCAUCCUGUUUUCAAGAGAGAAGGCCUGUGUAGAGCCCAUGUUGGUUAUUUAGAACAGUAAAAUUGCAAUUAGAGUAAGCUUACAAAAUACAAAUAUUUGAAAAAAGGUUUUAUGAGUACAAAUUAUAACAAAGACACCUGUGCACGUGGUUGGAAAGUUACCGUUCAUAUAGGUUUUAAUCAUUUGAAAGACAUGUACAAAGUACAAAAUGUAGAACUAUGUGGCCAUACAUGUACCUAUCGCUGCCAUUGAAGUUUUAAUGCAUAUAUACUGUAGAAGGCCUCGUACACAUGACAUGUGGUGUUUGUUUAUACAUAGUUUGUUAUCUGUACAUGUUUGAGAAAUUGCACUGUUAAAUGUUUGUUCCCCAUUAUUGUAUUACCAGUAUUUUUGUCGUUAAUUCUGAAAAAUGAUUGAAGUUGAGGAAAGUAUGAUGUAGUUGAGGGUACGGUUAUAUAUGAUGCCUUGCAUUUCUUCCUGUUAAUCUCGCCCAGCGGAGAGAAGUGUACAGAGGGAAGGCAAAUUUUUGCCAACCGAUGCAGAAAACAAAAUAAAAAGCAGCCCAACACUUUA